GCGGCGGCGGGGAGGGCGCGGCGCUGCGGGCCUGCCCCUGCUGCCUGCCCCCGCUGCCUGCCCCCGCGGCCGCUCUCCCGCCGGGCGCCGCGGCGACGGUUACUUAGCGGCUGGCAGCCGGCGGCCGCUCCCUCCUCCCUCCCUCCUUCCUCGCCGCCGCUCUCUCCGCCCGGGGAGCGCUCACACCGAGCGAGCCCGCGACGCGGCCCCGCCAUGACCAAGGAGGCAAAGAAGCCGUUCCGGCAGAGCGUGGCCGAGUGGCGGCAGUUCGUCUACAACCCGGACAGCGGCGAGUUCCUGGGGCGCACGGCCAAGAGCUGGGGUUUGAUCUUACUAUUCUACCUGGUAUUUUAUGGCUUCCUAGCAGCACUCUUCACGUUCACAAUGUGGGUUAUGCUUCAGACACUGAGCAGUGACAUUCCAAAGUACCGCGACCGGAUUUCUAGUCCAGGGCUUAUGAUUUCACCAAAGCCAGACACUGCACUGGAAUUCUACUUCAAUAAGAGUGAUGCCAAUUCAUAUGCACAAUAUGUUUCUACACUUAAAAAUUUUCUUGAAACAUAUGAUGAUUCAAAGCAAUCCGAAAGUAUAAACUGUACACCAGGAAAGGUUUUUGAUCAGAAUGAUGUUGCUGAUAAAAAGGCAUGUCGAUUUAAUCUCUCUGAGCUUGGACAAUGCUCUGGAAAGGAAGAUAAGACCUUUGGCUAUUCUAAAGGAACUCCCUGCGUGCUUGUGAAAAUGAACAGAAUAAUUGGAUUAAAGCCUGAAGGAGAACCAUAUAUACAGUGUACAUCUAAGACUGCAUGGGGAGCAGUGAAAGCCAGGGAACAAGACAUGGUUGAGAUAAAUUAUUUUCCUCCAGGAGGCUCGAUUGACUUAAUGUACUUUCCAUACUAUGGAAAAAGCUUGCAUGCUCACUAUUUACAGCCUCUAGUGGCUGUUCAACUAGCAAUUAACUCCAACAGUACCAAUGAAGAAAUAGCAAUUGAGUGUAAGAUCCUGGGCUCACCUAAUUUAAAAAACGAAGAUGAUCGUGACAAGUUUCUGGGACGAAUUGCCUUCAAAGUUCAGAUGACUGAAUAGCAGGAGUAAAAAGUUCUCCACAAAGUAAACGUUGUGUUGUCUGUUUUGUAUCAGCUGGACAUGCCAUUCUAGGAUAUGAGACCACCUUGGAGAAUGUUAAGGUGGCUUAUGGCAUUCAGGGUAGCAUAACAAUAUGCUUCCAAAUCGUAUGUUUAAAAUCCCUCAAAAUAAAUGCCUAUCAUGCUUCUGCCUGCCCCAUUGGAACAGUGUACAGACUAUAGUUAUGUCAUAGGGACCUGUAAAUAGCUGUUUUCAAACACUUAAUAAUGGUGACCUUUGUCCUGUUCUAAAAUGUGGUUUUAUCCCCCAAGUGAGUGUCUCAAGCUUAAUGUGCUGUGCUUUGUAAAUAUUGUAUUGAUUUAACACUGGUUUAACUGUCAUAUCUCAAUGCUGACACAGGUAUAGGGAUAAAUAAUAAAUGGUACCUGAUCGACACGGUGAUUUUUUUUUUUGAAAGAGUAAACACCUCCACGUAAACUGCGUGUAUGGGAGCUGGUGGGUGGAUGGAUGGAUGCCUGAGUGGAAAUGCCUUAAACUGUAGAUUGGGUGGCAUGGGAAAAUUACAAUGGAUUUUAAGAGUUGGUAUGGAUUUCAGAAAGUAAGUGCUCAACUAGUACUUUCUUGUGCUUGUCACUGUGCAAGUAUUGUGUACAUGUAAUACUUGGUAUAGAGUUUGGUAUUCUAGUUGAGGAAUUGAAUCUUUCUUCGUGUUGUUAAAUUGCUUGCGAUAUGUGGAGCACAAAUAAAAUCUAUACAAUAUUUUAAAACUUUCUAGUUCAGAAAUAUCAAUACAAAACAAUUAAGAUUCGUUUAGAGUCCUGGUAACAGUUGUACAACAGAGCUGCUUGAAAGAAACAGCCUCACUAUUGUGGGAAUAGACUUUGAUUUUUCCAAUUGAAAAUAAAAAUCAGAGAACCUCUUUUGGGGAGAGGGGAUUGUCUUGAUUAAACAUUCCUGUUUAAUUUAUAUACUCUGUAUCAUUGCAUCAUUUUAACAUACUUCAUGUUUUCUUGUGCUCUUUCAUCUUGUAUUUUCUGUCUAUUUCCUCAUCAGCCAUUUAAAAAAUGGGUGUCACAACUGCUUUAUAGAAAUUGGCUAUCGAUUUGGAGUGUGGAUUACUUGCAAUUUGAUUUAAUUUUUUUUUAUUAAUCCACUUGCUAAAAUGCCUACAACUAAGCUUAUUUGUGACUGCUCCUCACGUCAAACUGAGUUGACCCAUUAUACUGGGUUAUAGCUUCUGUAGUCUUGCUGACAUGGGGUUUAUAAUGCUGUUCCCCAGGGUUUUUGUUUCUGUUUUCUUGAGCACGUGGUCCACAUCCAGUGUGUUAUUCUCAGUAUUAAAGACUACAGCAAAUGAAAGACUAUAAUUUGUGCAAAUACUGGUUUGUUCUGUUAGUAAUAUCAUGGCCUAAAUUUGUUACUUAACAUGCUUUUAUGCCUAAUUCCUAGAGUGUUUCUAUACUUUAUUUAAACAAAUUAAGUGAAUGGUUACUAAAAUUCAAGAUCCAGUCUUAAAACCCUGCUUUGAAAAUGUUUGAGACCAGUGUAAACCACAUCAGUGCAAAAACUUUUAAAUACCUGUGCAAGCUUACACUGGUGAAUGUCUGGGAGAAGCUAAUCUUAAUUGGACUUUAACAGUGUUGAACCUCAUUAAAACAGAUUUAUAGUGACUGAUAUCAUUUAGCAUGCUUUUUUUGUUGUUGUCUACAAAAGAAAAAGUGAUGUUCCUCACAAUAUGCAAUGGAUACUUAUGUAAUGAUAGCAUGCAUCAAUAUUGAGCAAGACUAUUCUUUCAAAAUAUUCCGUUACUAAUGUUUCAAAUCAUGCAGUUUUAGAGCUGGGAUACCUGGGUUCUUGAAGAUACCGCUGAUUGAUAAUAUCUGUAUAUUAAUACUGCCUGAAAGUAUUUUAAGAGUCCUGACAGAACUUAAAGUGUAGAGGUUACAUCUGAAAAAGAGAAAUACUCUUCAUGUUAAAAAAAAAAAAAAAGUCACAUUUGUGUUCACUUAGAAAUGGUAAUAAUUUUUAGAGAAAUGCUCACUUUUCAAAUGAGUUGAUUGUUGCAACAAUUUCUUUCUACUUCUUUAUAUAGACAAAGCAUGAAAUGGCAAUUCUUCACCAGCACUUUUCAGACAGGUAGAACUCAAUAAAAUCCUGUUCUCCCUA